AUGGUGGAAAACAGUCGGAAGGUUAAGGAUUACAAUUCAUCUGAAGCAGGAGUAAAGAGAAAAAGCAAGAGAAAUCUAAAGACGAAGAAAGGACUCCUUGGAAGUGGGGACAAGGAUCAUAGUUCUUCUAGUGAACCUAAGAAGACAAGGAACAUAAAGGAUGUAUAUCCAAAAGGACACGUCGUCGUGGAGGAUCACCAUUCAAAAAAGUCACAGAAAGUGUGCACUACAGAUGUGCAAGCUCUAGAAUCCGUGAGGGGUCAAGGCCUGACAGCUUCCGCAAUAUCUGUCCUCAGGUUUGCUAUUUGUGUUUGGGGAACAGUGGAAAUUUACUCUGAUUUCAUGUUUUACUUACGUUUGUAUGCCUAAUUUCCAUUGCUUUAGAAAAUUUAGUGUCUUCUUAGCUGCUGAGCUCCUUUAUCCCAUGCAGGAAGAAAGUCAACCCUGAGUUGGCGAAUUACUUUUAUCAGAUUGCGAACCUUUUCGAAAGUAACAGCAUUGAUUUGGAGGAAAAACCUGUUGUAUGUGGUAGCGCCUUGGAAGAAACCAGGGGAGAAGAGCUGGGGCUAGCAACUGAUGUAGUUUUAAGUCAUACCCUGCAGAUUCUUCUGGAAGGUUGUGAUUUUGGUGCCCUCUGUCGCUUUCUCCUGAGUAGUGCAGAUGUGUUUUCUCAUAUUGCAACUGACAAGUGUGGAUCUCACGUGGCUGAGACUGCUCUCAAGUCAUUGUUUGCUCAUCUUGAAGACCCAGAUGCCCGCUCUGCAAUUGAAGAUACCCUAAGGAAGAUAUGUGAGGUAUAUAUGGCGUGUAUACAUCAUUUACCUUGUGAACUACGUUGUCUACGUAAGUAACACAGGAUUUGUUGUGGUUAUCAGGCUGUUGUUGUCGAUUCUGCCUCUGUGAUGUCAAGUCCCUACGGCUCUCAUGUGCUCCGUAGCCUCAUUUGUCUUUGUAAGGGAGUUGCUGUCGAUUCUUUGGAGGAAUAUCAUGUCACAAAGUCAUCAUCAGUCUUAGCUGAGCGAUUAAAUGUCAAGCACUCUCAAUCAAGGGGAAAGAAUCCGUAUCAAAGUCAACACGGUUUUCCUGAUACUUUUAAAUUUCUUGUGAUGGAAAUGUUAAGGCAAGCGGAGGAUGAAAUUGCAACUUUAUGUGCCAACAAGUACAGCAGCUUUGUCAUGCAGGUUACACAUUUUUUAUUUUGAAUGAUGGAAUUAUUUUAGCCUGUUGUUUCUUGAUUGUGUGACAUGUCCUCAUGUACUGGUGCACUUGUGGAUGGGUAUUUCAAGAAUUGCUUCGACAGCUGACCGUGGACCAAUAGGCAAUCCUCACAUGAUUAAAUUGGUCGUUUUAUUCUGUGGUUACGAAUGCAUUUUGCAGACUGCCUUGAAGUUGCUAGUUGGGGACGAGGAGGGACUAUUGCAUGUGAUCUUGCUCAUUCUUGGCUGCUCGAAGGAAAGAGAUCCUGGGGAUUGCCUGAUAGAUACUGCUGACGCACCGAGCAUACUGAGUAUGUUAGAAGACACUUCAUCUAGUCAUUUAUUGGAGGUUGGCUUCUCAUCUUGGUAUUCUCUUAGUCCGUCAUUUUUUUGUAAAAUAACUGAAGACAACCCAGUAGCUUACCUUUGGUUGUAUUUUAUUUUAUUUACUACGCAGGCAUUUUCAGGUUUUUGAUGCUUGCUCAGGGAAAUAAUUGCACUCGAAAUAACUUGCAGGUCAUUUUAGAAGUGGCACCUGAGAAUUUAUACGAUGAGAUUCUCACAAAAGUGUUCAGAGGUUCGUUAGCUAAGAUUGCUACACAUCAUUGUGGAAACUUUGUCAUUCAAGCGCUACUUUCUUCAGCCAAAUCCCAAGUGCAAGUAUGUAUCCUAGAAGUGUGAAUUUUAUGUUAUCCAUUAGCUAUUCCAUGCCGUGUAAAGUGAUCUACAUUGGAUGUAAUCAACAUUUGAUAUUCGGUACGACUGCAGAAAGGCUACACAAAAAUGCGGAUGAUAAUGACUGCAAGCAACAAUGUAAUGAGGCUUGAAGAUUUGAUUAGUUCAAUCUUACAUCCCCACAUAAUUUAUAAGACAAAAUUAUACCGCAUAAUGUGGCAUUAUGUCCAAAUUAUACCACUCUUGUAGCAGCUUGCUUAUAAGAUAUUAGAUUCAAUGAAAUGCUCUGGUUCAUGUCUACUCGCCAAAUGCCUGGGUUUCAAGUAAGAGUCGGUCGUUCUCCUUAUUGACGGAGGGUGGCUACAUCUGAGUUUUAACGAUUCGACUCGAUUUUUAUCGAAACAUUACCGUAUCUUACUAAGGGCAAAAGAUUGGCAUUCAUGCUUGACUUCAUGCCAUCAGUGGCUUGGUCUCUGAUCUUCUCAGACGAAUAGUUUAUUAUGAUUUUGGCGUUUAGGUGGACUCAAUAUGGGAGGAGCUUCAUGCACUGUUUAUGCAACUUCUCGAGACUGGCAAGUCUGGGGUAGUUGCGUCCCUCCUAGCUGCAUGCCACAGGCUUCAGACUCAUGGGCGAGAGGUACAUUUUGCUUCAAGUUUAGCUACACUAGGUUGUUGCCUGCACCUGUUUUUGACCCGUGCCUCCUUUUGGUCUUCUUCUUUUUAACAGUGUUGCCAGACGCUGGCCAACGCGAUAUGUUCAGGGUCUGAUUUUCCCAGCGCCAUUGUUCCACGCAUGCUCUUUCUGGAGAGAUAUUUCUCCAGCAAGGUUUCCAGCUGGGAAUGGCCCUCUGGGGAGAAGAUGCACGUAGUGGGUUGCCUGAUACUACAAGUAAUUUUCAGGUUUCCAAAGGUAAUUUUCAUGUAUUUGUUUUUCAACCAUGGCCCUCUGUCGUGUGCUUUGCUAGUCAUCUUACCUUUCAGCAUCACAUGCUUCCAGAAAAUGAUCCAACCAUACAUCCGAAGCAUCUUGUCCAUGGACGCCAACCACGUGGUCCAAACUGCGAGAGACGCAGGAGGCGGGCGCGUGCUUGAGGCGUUUCUCUGCUCGGAUUCAUCGACACAACAGAAGAUCAAAGUAAUUGGGAAGUAAGUUGGUCGAAGAACUUCAGAAAAGGGCGUCUCUUUGAGGUUCAGGGCGUUCUCACCUGAAUAAUUUUCUUCGGAGAUCUCUGCUAACACAAAAUGGACCAUUCUUUUCCGUUUUCAAGGCUUCAAGACUGCUUUGGAGAACUGUCGCUGAAUCCUUGUGGUUCGUUCACAGUCGAGAAGUGCUUUGACGCAAGUGACCUGUCCCUGAAAGAGACCAUUGCAUGGGAGUUGCUAGCCGUGAGAACACAACUCUCCAAGACGAAGCACGGACCGUUCAUCAUCAAGAAGCUGGACAUUGACGGGUAUGUUGGGAACAAAUCUUCUCUGCCUACUACUCCAGAUUCUCUCCCUCUCUCUCUCUCUCUCUCUCGCUCUCUAUCCAGUAGUAGUUAGUAGUAGUAGUAGUCGUAGACCAUCUCUCUCUCUCUCUCUCUCUCUGUUUUUGUGUUCGACAACUCAUCGAACAAGUGCCGAGUUCAUCUAAGUAUGCAAGCAUUCCGAUUGCACCAUCUUCUUCGUGAAUCACCACUGGGAUCCUGACUUGGCGGGUGAAUUGGUCGCAGCUUGGAGGCCCGGCCCGAGCAAUGGACCCGGCGGCAAGCAAACAAGGAGCACACAUAUCGGGAAUUCCAAGCCGCCUUCGGCUCCGACAAGGAAAGACAGGAGGGCGAUUCCCAUUCAUCUGCCAGGAAAAAACACAGAAGGCCCAGGGAGCAGAUGGUGGCUCAGGAGGGCGGCGGCGGCGGCGGCAAUGGUGACGAUGCUCGUCGGCUUUCAACCUGCGAAGCAUCGGAGUUUCCGGGUCUCGGGACCUCACUGGCCAAGCUGGGAUUCCCGGACGCGAAGAAGGAUCUGAAGAGAAAAAGGCCAGCGGGUCUGGUUGAGGGAGGAGGUGGCAAGACGUUCAAGAAGAACACCGUCGAUAUUGGUUCCGGAAAGGAGAGGUCAUUGACUGCUCCGGCGAGCCUCGCUGACUAUGCCAGCAAGGAGCAACUGACUGCGGUUGAGGUUCGAUCCUUGUUCCAAGGGUCCAUGCAGAGGGAAAGCAGGCUGCCGUCCGCAGAGAAGAAGAAGAAGAUCCCUUUUUUGAGACGGCAGAGGCACUAA